ACCGUCCUCGCCACGAUGUGACAUGGAUAUCCUAGCCGUAGCCUGCGCCCUCGUCGCCACGGCCCUCUAUUGCAACACCCUGCAAGCGGGUUUCGUCUACGAUGAUCGAAGAGCCAUCCUGACGAAUCCGGACCUGCUGUCGAGCACCCCGUGGCACCGUCUGCUGGAGAACGACUUCUGGGGUACGCCCGUGAACGAUCGCGGCUCCCACGGCAGCUACAGGCCGCUCUGCGUCGCGACGUUCCGUCUGAAUCAUCUUCUGGGCGGUCUGGAGCCGUGGGGCUACCAUUUGGUCAACGUAGCGCUCCACGUGGCUUGCACCGUUCUCGUGGUCAGGGUCGCCAGAAAGGUCCUGCCAAGAAGAAACAACCUCGGGCACGCGAUCACCGGGUUCCUUUUUGCGGCCCACCCGAUUCACAGCGAGGCUGUGGCCGGCAUAGUCGGUCGCGCCGACCUUCUCGCCUGCCUGCUGACCUUGUCGGCCUUCCUGGCGUAUUGCACCCACUGCGACCAGGCCAGGUCGCCGUUGCCCCUAUUCCUGGCCCUCGCCUCCUCCACUUUGGCCACCCUCGCCAAAGAAACCGGAAUAUCCUCCCUGGCACUCUGUCUUCUCUGGGAACUCUGCCGCGGCGAGUCCAACCGAAAGGUGAAUUGCGGGUUGACCCGGGCCCGUAGCCUCGGCAUCCUCUCCGGGAGCCUGGCCCUGCUGGUUCUGGGCAGGCUGAAGAUCGCCGGAACGAGGCCAGAGUUCGCCAGCGCGGACAACCCGACCGCCAGACACCCCUCGCGCCUGACGCGUAGUCUGACGUUCCUCUACCUGCCCGCGGCCAGCGUCAGGAUGCUGCUCUGCCCCAGCACGUUGAGCUUCGACUGGUCGAUGGACGCUGUGCCGCGAAUAACGAGCAUCCUCGACUCCAGGAACCUCGAGUCGGCUUGCCUUUACGCGGCGUUGAUCGGCGCCUCGGUGUGGGCGGUCAGGACGCUUCGACGAUCCACCAAGGAGUCGUCGUUGGGCCUGGUGCAAACGUACCAUCCUCGAUACGCGUCCAGGUGUCCGGUCUGCGCCGGAAGACGCGCCGGUGGUUGUCACACGGACGGUUGUCGAGCAGCGAACAACAACAACGGCCCUUUUGGCGACUGUCAUUGCGCCAAGAGGACGGGCCUGGUGUUCUCGAUGACCUCGAGCAACGGGUUCGCGAGCAGACAAGCAGCCGCCACGGGCGUCGUCACGUCCCUCGGCUUCCUCGUGCUUCCUUUCCUGCCCGCCAGCAACCUCUUCUUCUACGUUGGCUUCGUCAUAGCCGAGAGGAUCCUCUACCUGCCCAGCGUUGGCGCCUGUCUGAUCGUCGGGGCAGCCAUAUCUGGAUGCUAUCGAGUGGCCAGGAGGAGCGGGUCCAGGAGGCGAGGCAGGUCGGUGUUGCUGGCCACCGCCGUCCUCGUCUGCCUCAUGUCCGCCAAGACUCUACUCAGAAACAAGGACUGGUUCGACGAGGAGAGCCUCUACAGGUCCGCCCUCAACGUUAACCCGCCCAAGGCUUAUGGUAAUUUGGGCGGCAUCCUGAGCGCCCAGGGACGGGUCGCGGAGGCGGAGGAGGCGUACGUCCAGGCGCUUCGUUAUCGACCGAACAUGGCGGAUAUGCACUACAAUCUGGGCGUUUUACAGCAAGGAAGGAAGAAUUACGAGGCAGCCAUUCUGAGUUAUCAGCGAGCUAUCUAUUUCCGACCUUCGCUGGCUCUGGCUUACGUGAAUCUGGGCGCGGCGCUGGCCGCGGUCGGACGAAGAACGGAGGCUGCUGCGGUUUUGCGGACCGGAGCAUCCUUGGACGGGUCCGGUCUCAAGGACAAAAGGGCUCACGAGGAGGCUAGAGUGCAGGCCCUCCUUCAAUUAGGCGUCCUCUACGCCGAUCAGGGUAGAUUACAAAGGGCCCUGUCCGCGUACAGGGAAGCCCUCCACGCCAUGCCGGAUCACUAUCCACCUCAGAGCGUUUACAAUCUGCUGGGGGAGACGCUGUCGAGGCUGCAACAGUACGCGGAGGCGGAGAGGUGGUUCCAGGCGAGUUUGGCCAGCCAGCCUGACCACGUGCCGGCCCACAUCACUUACGGGAAACUUUUGGCUCGAAACUCGAGCCGCGUGCUGGAGGCCGAGAGAUGGUUCCUGAGGGCCCGCAGGCUAGCGCCGGACGAUUCGAGGGUCCACCAUCAUUACGGACUGUUCCUGACGUCUCAGGGGCGGCUAUCGGAGGCUGCGGAGGAGCAGCUACGCGCGGCGGAACUUUCCAGAUCCGAUUACGAGCUGUCGAUGGCGGCGGCGUCGGCGCUGAGGCAGGCGGAUCGCCUGGAGGACGCUGAGGUCUGGUACAGACACGCCGCCAGCCUGAGGCCCCACGAGGCGCGAAGUCACACAAACUUGGGCGCGAUUCUUCACCUGAACGGGAAAUACAAGCAGGCGGCGGCCGCGUACAGCGAGGCGCUCAGGCUGCAACCGAACGACGCAAAGACCAUCAUGAACCUACAGAAACUGGCGUCGAUUCUGGCGUGACCACGCGACCACGGCACCGGCUUCGUCCCGGCCAACGCGAGUGACAGCAACCAGAGAGACGAGUGCGUGUAUUAUACGACCCCUGGAAAGACCCACUAUCGACUCGCCGUACUUCUUGUACCCACGUCUCCCCGAUCUUCCUCCCGAUAUUCGUUUAUAUCCGUCGACGAGCACGGCAACGUCACCGAACCGAGGCCCUCGGG